AUGUUUAAUAAAAGUAUUCAGCAGAAAGGGUGGCUGGUGAUCCCUCUCCUCUACUGCAUAGUCCUGUUGCACACCUGUACAGGAGAAUACCCACAGCUGGACAAGUUUCUUGGCCGCUGGCUGGAAGUGAGGAAGGAAGGAUUUGAGAAAGUUGCAAAUGACUUGGGUCUCACAGAUCGGAGCCGGGCAUUGUAUGAAAACGGUAAAUCAGUUGUCGUGUACUCUAGACGUGGCGAUUUGUGGACUGUACAAGUAGGAAUUGAAGGGGCGCCCCAUCUCCAAAGCUACACGUUCAAGUUCGGGGAACCGUACUACUCCAACAACAUCGAUGGGACACCACUUAAGAGUGUGGUACUUCCGGAAGGUGACCGCUUGGUAGCCAGAUACGAGAGCCUCAGCGGGCCCUACUAUGUGAUGGACGUUGUCUGGGAGGUGGAGGAUGAUACCAUGAGAAGUUAUACAACAGUCAACGGCGAGACUGUCGAAUCAAUAUUCAAAAGAGACGGCAUAAGAAUGAAUUAA